CAGUUGUGGUUUUUGCCUCCGAACAGCUCACGGGUGUGUUACACGUGUGAUGUGGGGCGUGGACUGGAUUGAACGGGUGCGUUAUAAGGAGGACAGGCAGCAUUGUCUGGCGGGCAUCACGGCUGAUGUAUAGCGGAAAAGCACGGACGAGAAACCGGGCUGCUGACCUCAAAACAACACCCUGACGGAGGUGCACGGUUGUGGCUACGGGGACGCACCUAUCCUGCGGGUGUUCUUCAGGAAGGAGUCAUCUCUUUUUAUCAUUCACAUCUCCCUGCUGCCCUGAAUGCCGCUUUAGCAUCAUUAGCUGUAAUGCUAACACUAGCCUAUAAGAGCCAGAGUCUCCUGGACAGUGUAUGGUGAACACAUGGAGUGCAACCCUUGAUGAUGAUGAGAUGGAAUGUUAACUCUAGGCUUUUCUAGACCAGAGGCCUACAACAUCCUCCUUUAAAUCUAGAACGACCUCAGUGCCGGUGGAUAAACCACUCCGAAGCACACCUAGUGAAUUUGACCUGACGGUGGAUACUACAGCUUCCAUCCAGACAGCAAACCAAAGCAGAGCUUUUCCAUUGUUCCCUUUUUGAUAAGUAACUAUUCGUAAGGAUUUGUAUAGCUGUGAGGUUUAUUUCCAGGAGAUUUUUUCGAGUUAUCUGUGAAAAUGGGUCCUGGAAUGGAAGCAGCGGACAUAGUGGUGGUAGCACUGUAUUUUGUCCUGGUGCUAGCCAUUGGUUUUUUUGCCAUGUGGAAAGCCAAUCGCAGCACUGUGAGAGGCUACUUCCUGGCUGGCCGCUCCAUGACGUGGAUUGUGAUAGGCGCAUCACUCUUCGUCAGCAACAUUGGCAGUGAACAUUUCAUAGGCCUUGCUGGGUCAGGAGCAGCGAGUGGUUUUGCUGUUGGAGCUUGGGAAUUUAAUGCACUUCUACUUCUGCAGCUGCUUGGCUGGGUGUUUAUUCCCGUGUAUAUACACUCGGGAGUGUACACGAUGCCGGAGUACCUGUCGAAACGCUACGGUGGCAACAGGCUAAAGGUUUACUUUGCUCUCUUGUCUGUAUUACUUUACAUUUUUACCAAGCUGUCUGUGGACUUGUAUGCUGGAGCUCUCUUCAUUCAGGAGUCCCUGGGGUGGAACCUUUAUGUGUCUAUUGUCCUGCUCAUCAGUAUGACUGCACUGCUCACUGUCACUGGUGGAUUGGUGGCAGUACUGUACACGGAUGCACUUCAGGCGGUGUUGAUGAUUGGUGGAGCCCUAACCUUAACCAUCCUCAGCCUAAUCAAAGUUGGUGGGCUAGAGGGUGUCAGAGCUAAGUACAUGCAGGCAGUUCCCAAUGUUACUGCUAUAAUGGCCACUGGAAACUUCACCUACUCCAAUUCCUGCCGCAUUGAGCCUAAACCAAACUCGCUACGCAUCCUUCGAGGUCCCCUGGACGAAGACAUCCCAUGGCCAGGCUUCAUUCUUGGCCAGACCCCUGCAUCUAUCUGGUACUGGUGUGCAGAUCAGGUUAUUGUUCAGAGAGUACUAGCAGCAAAGAACAUCGCUCACGCAAAGGGCUCUACACUCAUGGCUGGAUUUCUCAAGAUCCUGCCCAUGUUUGUAAUAGUCAUUCCAGGAAUGAUUUCCCGUAUCAUGUUUGCGGAUGAGAUCGCCUGCAUUGGGCCAGAACACUGCAUGGCUGUGUGCGGUUCUCAGGCUGGCUGCUCAAACAUUGCCUAUCCUCGUUUGGUCAUGGCAGUGAUGCCCGUGGGUCUCAGAGGUCUGAUGAUGGCAGUCAUGAUCGCUGCCCUGAUGAGUGAUCUAGACUCCAUCUUCAACAGUGCCAGCACCAUCUUCACACUGGACAUCUACAAAAAUGUUCGAAGGAAGGCAUCUCAGCGUGAGCUGCUGAUUGUGGGCCGCAUGUUUGUUGUGCUCAUGGUGGUCAUCAGCAUUGCCUGGGUCCCUGUUAUUAUUGAAAUGCAAGGUGGACAGACAUACCUCUACAUCCAAGAAGUUGCGGGCUACCUCACUCCACCAAUCGCUGCCCUCUUCCUGUUGGGUGUGUUCUGGAAACGGUGUAAUGAGACAGGCGCAUUUUGCGGCGGCAUGACAGGUUUUACACUCGGUACCCUACGACUGAUCCUAGCUUUUAUCUACCGUCAGCCUCGCUGUGACCAGCCUGAUGAUAGACCUUCCUUCAUUGUUAAUAUUCACUACAUGUAUUUUGCCGCUGGGCUGUUCUGGAUUUCAGGGUUGGUGGCGGUGGUGGUCAGUCUCUGCACCUCUCCACCAGAUGAUGAGCAGGUCCGCACCACCACAUUCUGGGGGCUCCGCAACAUUGAAAAGGUUCCUACAAAGGACCCAAAGGAAACGUACAGGCUGACUGAAGAGAGCUGUUGUAAUGGCGAUGGAAGUCUCCAUAAAGAAUUGCCCCGAGACGUCAGAAUGGAGAGGUGUUUGGAUGGGGCAGAUGUUAAACUCCUGGUCCCAUCCACUGACCAUGACCCAGCAACUCCUAGUACGGAAGCAUCCCCUGCCACCACCCCUGCAGAACGAUUUAGUAAUGGAAGGAUGGAGGUGGUCAAAGAGGAAAGCUGCCAUGUUAAUGGGGAGAGUAGCAGGUGUAUGCGUUUACUGAACUGGUUUUGCGCAUAUAAGGACAGCUCACAGAGUGCUCAGCAAAAAGUAGUGCAGGAGGAUGAAAUCAUUGCACAGAUGCUGUACGAGCCCCCUAAAGUUAAAAUACUCCUCAACAUGGGUCUGCUGUUCGUCUGCUCUGUGGGCAUCUUAAUGUUUGUUUAUUUCUCAUUGUAGUUGAACUCUGCACUGAACUAACAGGGACUGAUGUGGGGGCUUUUAUUAAGGUGGAGGUAAUGUGCGUGUGUGUGUGUGCGUGAAGGGGGAGGGGGGCUGUUACAAAGAAACAAUUGAAUUUUCAACGAUUUGAGAAGCUCUGUCUGUAAUAUUUACAGUUGUCUUUUGUAGCUCUCUAACAUGAGUCAAAGCUUAUUCUAAUCAUUUUUUUAAAUGAUUGAAGCUUCUCCACAUGAAAACAGUUAUACUCCUUAAUGACUAUGAAGCUUAUUUGGCACUUGCGUGUUCAUUUUGUACAGCGCCUGUUGUUAAUCCUGCAUUCAGUAUAUUUACUGGGGUGGUAGAGUUGUUGUACUCUUAGUGAAUUUAAUAUUUGCCUUAUUUGACAUAUGCACUUGUCUUUUUUUGUUUUGUGAAAAAUAAUUGUAUUCUGUGAUUUAAGCUUCCCCCCCAUUUUUGUUGACAGUGACUGUAGGCGUAGUUGCUGGUGCAGCAUACAUAUUUUUGUAAUAAGUCAAACACUAUUUUCAGUUAUGGUCCAUGACAGUUUUGUACAAGUUUCUGCCGCUGAACACUUUAUUAUUACUUCAUUAUUUUACCAGAACUUUGAGUAUGUGAUUACUAUUUAAGUUUUAUUGUGCCCUUGACUGUAAUUUUAAGGUUAUUAGCAAAUUACCUAUUACAUGUCCAUUUUAUUUUGCUGGAGAGAACAGGUAGAGGUGAUAUCUAACUCUCUGUUAAUAAGGGGACCAUUGUGAAAUUUGUUAAACAACAUCUAACAUCAAGUGCUAAGAGACAUUGCUUCUCUGCUGCUGUUACAUAUCACCAUUAUGUUUAUGGCGGUUAUCAAAAUCAGCCCACUGGAGGUAUUGUGUAAAUAUCUGGCAUUUAGAAUAUGUAUGUUUUUUUUGCAGCACAGGAAAUAAAAAGAAGAAGCACAACAUUAGAAGCUAACUUUUUUUUUCUAUUUAUAUAUUUUUUUUUUCAUCUGAAGAGAAGAAAUAGCCAAACGUAAUAUAGUAUGGUACGUGUUUAUUUUGAUCGGCUAUUCAAUUUGUUGUCACUAAUGUCUAAAUCCCAUACACAACAGGAGCUGUACUACUAUUUUUGAAAAUGUUUUAUAUAUAUAUAUAUAUAUAUAUAUAUAUAAAAAUAUACUAUAUACUUUUUAUGCACUACUGUUGUAUCAUAACAAUAAGCCACAAGUACCAAUGCUCAUGAUUCUGUAUCAAUUUAUGUUUUAUGCAUAUCUCAUUUUAUGUUUCACAUUGUUGAAAAGUUGAGUCUGUUGCAUUAUGUUAACCUACAAUUCAGGGCUCAUUGGAUCACCUACAAUAUACAUGUCUUCUAUCGCAGGCUAUCUCUUGUGUAUCUACUGUGUGUCAAUGUACCUUUAGGGCACUGCGGUGCAUUUAAUCUUGUUUGAAGUGCAUCUUUUAUAAACCUCUUACCAAAUGUGUCUUAGUGUGCAAUGCUAAAGUGAAAAAAAAUAAAAAUAAAAAACAAAGAAUUCAGUUUUACGUCCUGAAAAUGUCGUGCAGUGAUUACCACGUUUGUUUAAAGCCAUGUGAUAAAACAGCUUUUGUUAUGUAGUACAUUUUCAGGGUACACAUUCACGUUUCAAAAUUGCUGGCCUUCUGGACUGAUCAUUAUCUCAACACCCCGACCUCCAGACUACAAAAAAUUAAAUUAAAAAAAAAUUGUCUUUUAUGUGUUUUUCGGAAUUUUUACAACAGUGUUGAAAGACCUCAGUCCACAACGCCAGUGUCAUAAUGUGACAGGCCAGUCCUUAUUAAUGUCAGGCAUAAAUGAUGCAUAACACAUGGAGGAUUGACGAUGGAUGAUUGCUGUAUGGGAAAGAGCUUUAAAUAUCUUUCUUUCUUUCAGAGAGAAUAUACAUUGUUAUUUUUAUGGAUUUUAUUUUUAGAGACUGGAAAUAAAAUUUCUGUGGAG